AUGUCGAAACAGCAGUAUAUUCUCGAUAUAUUCGAUACACGACACGAUGAUCAACGUCAUCAACGUUAUACACAUGGCCUACGUGCAAGAAAAAACAAAUAUCUAAGGCCACGGCAAUUAACGUCAUAUGCUCCGAAGCGCUCUCGAUCGAUUACACGAUCAGAAAAAGCAGAAGAACUAAUUGAUGAUCAAGACUAUGGUUAUCUCCUUGAUGAAUUCUAUUAUUCUCUUGUGAAAAAGUAUUAUUCUUCUUCCGAGUAUCGUUACGAUACACACCCAUAUGACCUCAGCAUAUCAAGAGCUAUUCGAUUGAACGAUGUUGACUUUCUUGGUGUAGCUAUUCGACAGUUACAAUUGAAUCAUCAACAAAGGAAUGUCAAUCGUACAGAUAGACGAAAUCGAGCAUUUGAACAUUAUAUACACUAUGAUCGUCAUACGAUGCUCACUGAUGCACUUGUGCAUGCGGGUCCACAGUGUGCCGAAGUUAUAUUAGAUGGCGUAUACGAUGGUUUUAUCUAUUCGACAAUCAUUGAUCAUGUUACUGGUAAUGGAAGAACUGCUCUUUGGUAUGCUUGCGAAAAAGGUUAUUUUGAUCUCGUCCGUGAACUUGUCGAACGUGCACAUGCAAAUGUAAAUAAAUGUGGAGUCUUAUUGGUUGCGCUCCAAAAAAAUCACAAAGGAAUUGUAAAUUAUCUGUUAAGUCAAGGAUGUGAUCCUAAUCGACGAGUAAAAAAUUAUAAUGAAAGUGCAUUACAUAUCGCCUCGCGUCGAAAUCAACUUGAUAUGGUUGAUCAACUGUUGAAAUAUGGUGCUAAUCCCAAUGUACUUGAUUAUAAGAAAAGGACGCCUCUGGAUUAUGCUAUACAUAAAAAACAUAUCGAGAUAGCUCGAAUUCUGAUUCAGUAUCAUAAUGGACGUUUUAUUAUGAGUCAAACAGGAUAUACACCGUUGAUGUUAGCAGCUAGUUGUAAUAACAAACCUAUUGUGAAUUUACUUUUGAAGAUAUUACCUGAUCAACAAAUUUUAGACGAAUUAGCUCUUUUGGCGUGUCGAUAUAUAAUUGAUGGGAAUCGGAGUAAAUGCGACGAAGCGUAUUGUUACCUCGAGAAAGCACUAAGUCGAGCAGUACCAUCGUGUAUCAAUACUCCUUGUGAAGCUUAUGAAUUUGUUACUGAAUGUCAAACACUCGAUGAACUUGUGUCAAUACGAAAUAAUGAUAACAAAUUACGAAUGUAUGCAUUAGUUGUUAGUGAACGACUUUUACUUCGAAAAGGUGAACUUAAACAUCUUCUUACCUUGAUUAUAAAACAAAGUGAUGUGUACAGAUGGCAAAGAUUAUUCUAUCGUUGUUUACAAUUACGAAUGCGUGCCUAUGAGUUGCUAUUACAAGCAGAAGCUAAUCGUAAAUAUGAUAUCAAAGUAUGUGAAGAGUAUCUUGCUCCAAUUGUGAGUAGUUUAUACAAAAUAUUGGAAACAGAGCGUAGAAUAUCUGUUCAUUUGCUGGUGCGUAUUUGGUCAUGGGUGUUCGACAGGAAACUAUGUCCCCUUUUGUUCAAGCUUCUAAUGAUAAUUUUUUAUCUUUUGGAAACGGGAAAUACUGCUAGCAACGAAAAAUAUAUUCUUAUCAGUCUCAUUGUACAACUUGUGCGUAAGAAGAUUAUUAUCCAUCGAGGACUUACUCUGCUGGGAUAUUUUGUUAAGCGAAUUGCAUCCAAUGCGAAUGAUCUUACAUGUGCUUCUGUUAAUAUACCAACAUUGUCCAUUAUUCGAUUGUUGAUAUAUGCUGGAGCAGACGUGAAUGAAACUAACUUAUAUUCAAAGUCAACACCAUUACAUUUGCUCUCGACGUGUGAUAACGAAAAUGGAGCAAAAUCAGCAAUUCAACUUCUUUUGGACGCUGAUGCACAUAUAGAUUGUAUAAAUGCUCGUGGUUAUCGACCAGACGAUAACACUUAUAACCUUGAAAUCAAGGAAUUCUUACGAAGUCAUCGAACAAUUUCACUCAAAUGCUUAUGCGCACGUUUAAUUGUUUCAAACAAUUUACCCCAUAAACAUUGUCUUUCAGCAGAUAUUAUUCAAUUUGUACAAANGACGCCUCUGGAUUAUGCUAUACAUAAAAAACAUAUCGAGAUAGCUCGAAUUCUGAUUCAGUAUCAUAAUGGACGUUUUAUUAUGAGUCAAACAGGAUACACACCGUUGAUGUUAGCAGCUAGUUGUAAUAACAAACCUAUCAUGAAUUUGCUUCUGCAGAUAUUACCUGAUGAACAAAUUUUAGAAGAAGUAGUUCUUUUGGCUUGUCGAUAUACAAUAGAUGGGAAUCGGAGUAAACGCGAUGAAGCAUAUUGUUAUUUUGAGAAAGCACUAAGUCGAACACCGCCAUCGUCUAUCAAUGCACCUUGUGAAGCUUAUGAAUUUGUUACUGAAUGUCAAACACUCGACGAACUUGCUUCGAUACGAGAUAAUGAUAAUAAAUUACGAAUGUAUGCAUUAGUUAUUAGUGAACGACUUCUUCUUCAAAAAGAUGAACUUAAACAUCUUCUUACCUUGAUUAUAAAACAAAGUAAUGUCUACAGAUGGCAGAGAUUAUUCCAUCGUUGUUUACAAUUACGAAUGUAUGCCUAUGAAUUGCUUUUACAAGCAGAAACUAAUCGCAAAUAUCAUAUCAAAAUAUGUGAAGAAUAUCUUGUUCUAAUUGUGAGCAGUUUAUAUAAAAUAUUGGAAACAGAAAGUAGAAUAUCUGUUCAUUUACUGGUGCGUAUUUGGUCAUGGGUGUUCGAGAGAAAAAUAUGUUCUCUUUUGUUCAAGCUACUAAUGAUGAUAUUUUAUCUUUUGGAAACGAAAACUACUGAUGGUAACGAAAGAUAUAUUCUUAUCAGUCUCAUUGUACAACUUGUGCAUAAGAAGAUUAUUAUCCAUCGAGGACUAACUCUGCUAGGAUAUUUUGUUAAGCGAAUUACAUCCAAUGCAAAUGAUCUUACAUGUGCUUCUGUUAAUAUACCAACAUUGUCCAUUAUUCGAUUGUUGAUAUAUGCUGGAGCAGACGUGAAUGAAACUAACUUAUAUUCAAAGUCAACACCAUUACAUUUGCUCUCUACGUGUGAUAACGAAAAUAGAGCAAAAUCAGCAAUUCAACUUCUUUUGGAUGCCGAUGCACACAUAGAUUGUAUUAAUGCUCGUGGUUAUCGACCAGACGAUAACACUUAUAACCUUGAAAUCAAGGAAUUCUUACGAAGUCAUCGAACAAUUUCACUCAAAUGCUUAUGCGCACGUUUAAUUGUUUCAAACAAUUUACCCCAUAAACAUUGUCUUUCAGCAGAUAUUAUUCAAUUUGUACAAAUGCAUAGUCGAGAGAAAAGCUGA